UGGCAAUCCUCCCGACCUGUAUUCUCCACGCCACAUUUAACGGAGCGAGGUUUAACAGCAGAAACUGUUUAAAUCGCUUUAAGUUUGAUGUUACGGUUAGUCUUCGGCGCAGUCGGCAUAACAUUGCUGUGCAAAAUUCUAAAGGGUUGUUUGAGUCAAACAUCAGUGAUGCUCUCUUCAGUAACAUGGGUGACAGCACUGUUGGCGGGUAUCUUUUCGGGGCACAUUGCACAGAGACUGCAUUUUCCUUACUUUUGGAAAGACCUCUUCUUCUUGCUGAAAGUAAUCAGAUAUGGCAUUCAGUUGGAAAUAUACAAAUGGACUAAAAGAGUGGUGACAGUCAUUGACAGAUUUGUUCAACAGGCUAUAGAAAUUCCUAACAAGCCCUUCCUUAUUUAUGAGGGAGUUACUUACACCUAUCAAGACAUUGAUAAACGAAGCAACAAGGUGGCACAGGUGUUUGCAGAACGGGGAACCGUGAAGAAAGGAGAUACUGUUGCUCUGCUGAUGAGCAACGAGCCGGAUUUCAUAUCUGUCUGGUUCGGAUUGAGCAAACUGGGGUGUUCUGUGGCUUUUCUUAACAUAAACAUUAAAUCAAGAUCCGUUUUGCAUUGUUUCAACUGCUGUGGAGCCAAAGUUCUGGUUGUCGGUGCAGACUUGUUGGACACCCUGGAGGACAUUCUUCCCAGCCUCCAAGAAGACAACAUCUUAGUCUGGGCCAUGAAGAAGGAGACAUCUUAUCCAGGGGUGAACACUCUCAUCGACAAGAUGGAGGAAGCCUCGGACAAACCCGUCCCAGCUGAGCUUCGGGCUAUCACUUCCCUCAAAUCACCGAAUCUUUACAUCUUCACCUCAGGAACCACUGGGCUCCCCAAAGCGGCCGUGAUCACACACCUGCAGUCACUGAAAGCAGCGGCGGGUUUCUGGGCGUACGGCGGCUCCGCAGACGAUGUGAUCUACACGACCCUGCCCCUGUACCACAGCGCUGCUUCCCUGGUCGGCAUCGGAGGGACGAUUGAAAUGGGUGCCACGUGUGUAUUGAAGAAGAAGUUCUCUGCCUCACAGUUCUGGAGCGACUGCAGGAAGUACAACGUAACCAUCUUCCAGUACAUCGGAGAGCUCUGCAGAUAUCUCUGUAACCAGCCCAAGGGAGAGAAUGACAAGCAGCACAAAGUGCACAUGGGUGUUGGGAACGGCCUGCGGCAGGAUGUGUGGCGUGAGUUCCACCAGCGCUUCGGCAAGGUCCGCAUGUGUGAGCUCUAUGGCUCCACCGAGGGCAACCUCUGCUUCAUGAACCACAUUGGCAAGAUUGGCGUCGUCGGACGCUCCAACUUCAUCUACAAGCUCCUGUUCAAGUAUGUCCUGGUGAAGUACGACAUGGUGAGAGACGAAAUUGUGAGGAACCAGCGGGGGUUCUGUGAAUCAGUCAAGAAAGGUGAAACGGGACUGCUGCUGUCCAAGAUAAACUCCCAAAGUCCGUUCUUUGGCUACGCUGGCAGUAAACAGCUGACGGAGAACAAGAUCCUGAGAGAUGUGUUUACCAAAGGGGACUCUUACUUUAACACGGGGGACCUCAUGGCCGAAAACGAUGAGGACUUCAUCUCCUUCAAGGACCGAGUUGGAGACACCUUCAGGUGGAAGGGUGAAAAUGUGGCCACUACAGAAGUGACUGAGAUCCUCGGCCUCGUAGACUUUAUUCAGGAGGUCAAUGUGUAUGGGGUGGAGGUUCAAGGAAAUGAGGGAAGAGCAGGGAUGGCCGCCAUCAUUGUAAGACCUGACUUCACGUUCGAUGGAAAGAAGCUGUUCGACCUUGCAGUCAUGGACUUGCCUUCUUAUGCACGCCCUCUCUUCAUAAGACUACAGGAGUCUAUGGAAAUGACUAGCACUUUGAAGCAGCAGAAAUAUCAACUGGUGGCAGGUGGAUUCAACCCUUCCACUAUAACAGACCCUAUCUACUUCUUGGAUUACUCCCAGAAAUGCUACGUCCCACUGACCACCUCAGUCUACGAAUCCAUUGUAGAGGGCCAGUGUAAGCUAUAGCUGCACCGGCUCACACUACAAACAAACAAUCAAUAAAACUGAUCAUAAACAGCUGCAAUCCUUGACGAUAAGAUGGCCAGUGGCUGUGUCACAAAAGAGAAACCUUGUAUGGGUUGUCGGGUCAUUUUGUCACGUUGUAUAUUGCAUGGAGGUCGAAAGCAGCCUUUUGAUUCGAAUCCACUUGUGAAUAAUGAAUGGAACCAUUGCUUUGUGUUUGCGCCUCACCCUGGACCCAAAUCACUCAAUUAUGAAUUAGCGACGCUAAUAGGGUCACAGUGACUCGCUGACCUCCGCCAAAACGGCAAGAGAUAAGACGAGCGAGUCGUGAAGCCGUGACCAACGGUCAUUGGGGUUCCAGCGACCUCGCCAACAUUACGUGACUGUCAGGUGUCUGGUUCCUCCCUCUCGUUGGUUCCUUUUUUCCAACGUGGUAAGACGACCACACGGCUGAUGUCCCCUGGCCGAUCCCUCAGAGUCUAUGUCACUGCUGCCUUCUCACAUCCGCUCCUCUCGACACUGGCUGUUGUAGGGGCGGUUUUAAAAUCUGACCAUAAUAAGAAAAGUAAUUAAAAAACAACAAAUACCAUACAAGGACACUUGUAAUUGUGCUAUGUAACAAUGUAACUGUGGGGUCAAACUUGAUACGUUUGUGAUUCUGCUGUAUUACGUGUUGAGAGAUAAUAUUCCAAUAUGCUUGAACGUCCAUGCCAAGCAAAACAGUUAACAUGCUUUGCGUAGAACUUUGCAGAAGACUGCAGUCAUUAAUCAAGCCAUUAACCAAGUAGAAACACCAUGCUGUUAUAGUCUAUAGAAGAGUUACAAAACUACAAGCAGUGCACAAUGCUGGAACUCUAUCCUGACAGUCUUGACAUCACAAUCCACUAUAAUGUUACUGUAGGGAAGCCCUCUGAAGGCUUGUUUGGAUGCACAAGGCAGUGCACAAACGGUACGGUUAACAUGCCAUACAACCUCAGAUCAGAUAAAGCAAGGUAUUUAUGUUCAUGACCUGGAGAUUGUCCGGUCCUCUUCUGUUCUGAGAAGAUAUGUUGCAAUACGACUGGGGAUAGUGCCUUUAGAUGUCAUGUUUUCAUUUUCCUGUCCCCUAUCUUUCAUAGCUAUUUAUAUGACAGGAAAAACUUGUCCUUGCACAAUGACUGUAAAACUCUCUUGAGAAAGAAUCUUAUCAACAAUAUGACUUCCUUACCACACCAGUGUCAAGUGAAUUUACAGGUCGUGGUCUCUUUAAAAAAACGAUUCAAGAAUCAAGGUUACUGCACAGCACCUGUGUCUUCCCAGAAUGAUAAUAUCCUCUGGUCAUUUCUGUGUAUGUCCAUGUAAUCCCGUCCUACAAUACGCAUAACAACUAACAAAGAAAUCUCAAAAUGCACAUUUCUCUCCCUGUUUGCUCACUUUUGUUUACCUUUCCUUCUUUAAAAGAAAUGUUGUUUCAGUAUAUCUACUUUUACUGUUGUUUUCUGUGUCUCACUGGACCCUCUUACAGUGUGUUUAGACUCAGGAAGGAGACGAGAGAGAGAGAGAGAGAGAGAGAGAGAGAGAGAGAGAGAGAGAGAGAGAGAGAGAGAGAUAUUUUAAAGAAUGCACAGUUUCAGUUUUUGGAUUCAAGUUGUUUACAGCUUACAGAGAUGCUGUCUAGUUGUUUAUAAGGGUGUCUAUAACUUGUGCUGAAAUGUGUGUGAUCAUUGCUUUUAUGAUGUGUUCUUAAUCAUGGCUGAUUUUGUUAAUUUAAUGCGGGAACAUUUUGUAUAUCUUUAAUUGGUGAAAUAUUUUGGCAUUUUGCUGGGCAUUUUGGAAUUAUCUAUGAUGUUAAAUAGAUGUUUUAUUUUCUAGCUUGAAAUGGGAGUGAUUGUGCUUAGUUUAUAGUCUUAAAGACGGCUAAUUGUCACGUUGUCUUUUAGGUUUGAAUGUAUUUCAAACACCAGUGUUCAGCAUUGGUCACCAAUCACAUAUUCUUAGUUACAUAUACAUGUUUUUGUCAACUAUCAGAAUCUUUGUAACAUAUGUAAAAUAUGUUUUAAUACAUGCCAUUAAACAUUAUUUGGAACAAUUUUGUUAGCAUGUUAUGUCAUUUAUCAUCGUUUCUGUCAUUUUAUAAUGUGGUUGGGGCAUGGAGCAACAGCAUUCCAUAUAAUUUAUCUAUGCAAGCAAUACAUUUCUAUUUUUCAUUGUUACCGGUUUCUUGUGAAAAUUGUUAUUAUAUUCUUUUUUUGGUGGUAAGAAACCGCCCCGUGAAACCUUGGAAUGUCUUAAAGGGAUUAUUUUUUGUCUUACUCACGACUCAUUUCAAAUGAUGUAAAGUGGAUUGUGUGAUGGACUGGAUGCCACAAGCGCAGGCCAUUGUCAUGCUUUGCGGCGUCUCCUGUGUUGUUGUUAUAUUUCACAUGUCCAUUUUUCCAGCCAUGACAAAAAAAAAACUACUGUGAAGACAGAAUGGUCACACCAAUCAUAACAUGCUCUGUUGUGCUCUGAGUGAUUUAAAAGGAAUAAAGAAAAAAGAUGUC